UAGAGGGUUUACUGACGACGAUGAUGAAUGGAAGGGUUCCGAUCGUCUCCUCCCGGUUCUCGCAGAGGGUGGAUCGAAUCGCUGCUCGGGAGUCGAUCGAGAAAUUUGUCGGCUAAGUAUCCACGUGUUCGAUGGCAGCUACGAUGGCCGUAAACUGAGGUGUAGGGCCCCAUGCAACAAGCGCAGAAGCUGCUCAAUUUUCAGCAAGGAGUGUGCCUAUAAGAGGAGGGAAAUUUAAUCAGGGAGACGAAGAAGGGAGGUCAAAAUGUUGAUGCAGGUCGGAGGUGAGGGCGUUCGGCCCACUUUCUUCGAAAUGGCUGCAGCCCAACAUCUGCCAGCCAGCUUGCGGGCAGCCUUGUUGUAUUCUUUAGGGGUUAUGGCCCAAAGACGACCAAUUCUCCACAAGGUUCUAGAUUACAGUGACGAAGCUUUUGCGGUGCUGAUGCUGUUCCUUGAAGCUCACAGCCUUCGAAUAUCGGAUGCAUCGUUUGCCGAAGCGUUGUACGGACUUCGGCGAAGAUCAGCUAUGCCUACUACCGGAACUGAAAUCAUAUCGAAUAAUCGUAGCAGUUCAGAACCAUCUAGACUUGGUGCCAUUUCAAGGCGUCAAAGAAGUCUGUCUGUUUUGUUUCUGGUCGGCAUGCCAUAUUUAAAGUCUAAGAUGGAGGCUGCGUAUAAUGCCCAGAGAGGAGGUGCGCUGCAAGCAGCAUUUUGGGGCACUGGGGAUGUUGAUGGGGUCGAAGUUGAGAGUAUCAAUGAUGACUCUCCAAGCAAUAGAGAUGAAAGACAAGGUUCGGAAGCUACAGUUACGCAGCGCAUCAAAAGCAGAAUAUCGAAGCUGUGCGUCCAGAUGUAUCCGUGGCUGCAUGCUUCUCAUGAAGGCUUGGCAUUUGCUUAUCAACUCUUGUAUCUGCUGGACGCAACGCAGUUUUACACUCCCGGCUUACACUUGUUAGGCAUUCAAGUGAGUCGAGCUUCAGGUCAAGAACUGAUGGAUGCGUCAAAGCAAAUAGUGGAGAGGAGAAAUCGGGAGUUCGAAAGGCUUAGAGGACCUCGUAUACUCCAGACAGUACAGCGCGGUCUUCUUCGCACAGCCUAUGGAUUCCUUGAUUAUGCACAGUCUGGACUCAUUGCUUCCGUCUUUAUCUUCAAGAUGGUGGAAUGGUGGUACCAAUCAGCUGAACAGAGAUUGACAAGCCCGACUGUGUAUCCUCCACCACCUCCGCCCCCGCCUCCAAAGGUAGCCAAAGAUGGCAUACCGCUACCCGGAGAUCGGACAUGUUGUCCUUUAUGCUUGGAGAAGAGGACCAACCCAGCUAUGGUUGCAGUCUCCGGUUACGUGUUCUGUUAUCCAUGUAUCUACAAUUACGUUAACGAAUAUAAGCGUUGUCCUAUCACGUUAGCAAGCGCAUCUGAAGACAAAAUACGGCGGCUCUACUACGACGCUUGAUACCUCUUAGUUUUUCCUUGAUUUGGAGCUGGAUCUACGAGCAAUCAGUCCCAUGAACAACUGGGAGGGAGUCGGAGUUCCAGCGAGCAUCAGUUGUACAUAUACCGUAGAUUUAAUUCAAGAUUCGAAGUACAGUACUGCACAUUCCAUUAUUAGUUACCGGAGUCCAAACCGCUUAGACCUGGCUGACAACAGGGACUUGUAAAGUUCACAGGAGGUCUGUAGUUGUGCUUUGGGUGACAUAUGUCCGCAUAUGUCACAUUCAAUUUCCGAAAGGCACUCCUCUUUUUACGUUCAAAUAAAGAAAAAGUGAAGAUUUUUGGUC